AUGAGGGGCUUUGACUGGGAUUCUAACCCAGGUCUCUUCAUGGAAGCCUUACCUCUCAGGUUUUCACAUAUUAACCACUUUUGCACUCACUCUUCUGCAGGACUGAGGAUCCAGAGUCUGCCUUCAUCAACCCCCUGGCCUAUUUCUCUUCCUGCAAAAAUUACUUCACUGACAUCCGUCUGGACUACCUCUCCACAAAACACUGCUGAAGCCACCGCCUCCCCUACCAGUGGCAACCACAGUAACUCACUACUACCAGUGACAUCAUCAACCCAAACAUCGCCACUUCCCAAAAAUAAUUCCAUAGAUCACCAAGAGGAGGAGGUCACCAAGCCAGCUUCAGAUUGGGAAGACACAAGCACAGGCCCUUCACCUCCUGAGUUCUCACCAACAAGUGGUGGAGUCCUCUUAACAUCCUCACCUACAGAGCACAACUUGAGCACUUCUGAAACAAGUGUGCAACCUACAGGGUCCCAGUUACCCACAGAGUCUCCCACACUCAUCUCCUCUCAGGCUCCAGCUUCCUCACCCUCAUUCUUACCAACCUCACCUCCUGAGGUUCCUUCUGCUUCCAUCACCACUGACCACAGCUCAACUGUGACCACAACCAAGACCCCAGGAACCUUGACCCCAUCAGAGUCCCCAACAGAGGAGCACAACUCUGGCCACAAACCCACUUCACAUGCCACUACUGGGCCCAUGACCAAGGAGACAACAAUCCAAGCAACUGUGUCCACCAGGGUAACCUGUGAGCUGAUAGACAUCGAGAUCACCACUGCUUCCCCGGGGGUGAUCAUGGAGGAAGUAGAACAUGCAUUAAGCUCAGGCAGCAUCGCCGCCAUUACAGUGACAGUCAUUGCUGUGGUAUUGCUGGUGUUUGGAGUCGCAGCAUAUCUGAAGAUCAGGCAUUCCUCCUAUGGAAGGCUUUUGGAUGAUCAUGACUAUGGAUCCUGGGGAAACUACAACAACCCUCUUUAUGAUGACUCCUAA